AUGCAAGUUGCUGUCAACUAUCGAUACCAUCGAGACCUUGAACAGUUGGUGCCGAUGCAGAACAAGGACCCGAAUGCACCAUUUAACUCCCGCAUCUACUCACGUUACAAUGGCCCUAACUCAACCCGCUUCGAGACAGCCUUGCACAAUCCCUUUGGAGGCGGUGGUGUUGUGACAUACUCGAGUGGCCUUGCCUCGUUCCAUGCCAUCAUGCCCCUGCUAACGCCCAAGCGCAUCUUUAUCGGCGAGGGCUACCACGGCGUUCACCGAAGCAUCAUACUCCAGGACCGAGUGACAGGGGUAGAGAAGCUGACCCUUCAGGAUCUGAAUCAGCUCGGGCGCGGGGAUCUUCUGCACAUUGAGACGCCACUCAAUCCCACUGGGGAAGCCCGCAACUUGGAAUACUAUGUCGCAAAGGCUCGUCAGGCUGGGGCUUACAUUUCAGUUGAUGCGACCUUUGCAUCUCCUCCUCUGCAGGAUCCUCUCCAGUAUGGUGGCGACAUCGUCAUGCAUAGCGGUACCAAGUACAUUGGAGGCCAUUCCGAUAUGCUCUGCGGCGUCCUGGUCGUGCAUCAGGAUCGAAAGGACUUCGAGGGCUGGCUCGGUAUCCGAUCGCUGCGAACUCUUCACCUUCGCGUGAUCAAGCAGCCCCAAACUGCCGAGAAGCUGGUGCCUUGGCUCCACGAGGAGGUCCAGAAGCCCGGCUCUCUAGUCGGAAAGAUGAUCGACAAAGUACAGCAUACGUCUCUGCAAGAAGCAGACCUCAAGGGUGGGUGGCUUCGGAAGCAGAUGCCCGGGGGCUUUGGGCCAGUCUUUUCCAUCUGGAUGAACAAGGAGGAGCACGUGCGGAGACUGCCGAGCAGGCUGUACAUCUUCCAGCAUGCGAUGAGUCUUGGUGGUGUCGAAAGCCUGACGAAGUGGCGUGCCAUGAGCGACGAGGGAAGAGACCCCAGGCUGAUCCGGGUCAGCUGUGGUGUGGAGGAUGUUGAAGAUAUGAAGGCGGAUAUACUGCAGGCCUUUGGCUUCUGCGGGACUUUCCAUAAGCAAGAGACAUCAAUUGCAUAUCGGAUAGAUAAAAUAAACGUGCCCCGAGAUUGA